AUGGAGAAGCUGGCGGCUGGACUGGCCGGCCUGCGCUGGAGCAUGGGCGCCUUCCCGCUCGACCUCAUCGUCAGCCGCUGCCGCCUGCCCACGCUCGCCUGCCUCGGGCCAGGGGAGUAUGCCGAGGGCGUCAGUGAGCGUGACAUCCUGCUCAUCCACUCUUGCCGCCAGUGGACAACAGUGACUGCCCACACCCUGGAGGAAGGCCACUACGUCAUCGGGCCCAAGAUCGACAUCCCCCUGCAGUACCCAGGGAAGUUCAAGCUCCUGGAGCAGGCCCGGGAUGUGCGGGAGCCGGUGAGGUACUUCAGCAGCGUGGAGGAAGUGGCCAGCGUCUUCCCUGACCGCAUCUUUGUGAUGGAAGCCAUCACCUUCAGUGUCAAGGUGGUGUCAGGCGAGUUCAGUGAGGACAGCGAGGUGUACAACUUUACGCUGCACGCAGGCGACGAGCUCACCCUCAUGGGCCAGGCCGAGAUUCUGUGCGCCAAGACCACCAAGGAGCGCUCGCGCUUUACCACUCUCCUGCGCAAGCUGGGCCGGGCCGGGGCGCUGGCCGGGGUGGCCGGCGGCGGCCCAGGGGGAGCGGGCGCCGGCGGGGGCGCCAGGCCCAUGAAAGGCAAGAUGCCCUGCCUCAUUUGCAUGAACCACCGCACCAACGAGAGCCUGAGCCUGCCCUUCCAGUGCCAGGGCCGCUUCAGCACGCGCAGCCCGCUGGAGCUGCAGAUGCAGGAGGGCGAGCACACGGUGCGCGCCAUCAUCGAGCGCGUGCGGCUUCCGGUGAACGUGCUGGUGCCCAGCCGGCCGCCUCGCAACCCCUACGACCUGCACCCGGUGCGCGAGGGCCACUGCUACAAGCUCGUCAGCAUCAUCUCCAAGACCGUGGUGCUGGGGCUGGCGCUGCGCCGCGAGGGCCCGGCGCCGCUGCACUUCCUGCUACUCACCGACACGCCGCGCUUCGCGCUGCCGCAGGGCUUGCUGGCCGGGGACCCACGCGUCGAGCGCCUGGUGCGAGACAGCGCCUCCUACUGCCGCGAGCGCUUCGACCCGGACGAGUACUCAACCGCUGUGCGCGAGGCGCCCACCGAGCUCGCCGACGACUGCGCCAGCCCGCGCCGCGCGCGCCUCUGCCUGGCCGCGCCGCGCGUCCCCGCCCCUGCCCGGAUGCCUGCUCUCCUCGGUUUGCACCUGCCCGCCAGCGACGGCGACCAGGAGUACGUGAGCCCCGACUGGGCUGCGACCGAGCCUGCUGCGCUGCCCCCUGAGAUCCCCUACGAGGAGCUGUGGACUCACCAGGCGGCCGAGAGCCUCGCUGAGGGCAGGGCCAGGCCGCCCCCAGGGCCCGACCUCAUCUCCUUCGGGGCCAACGGCCCACCCUGCCUGGAGCCCCAGGCGCCACCGCCUCCCGUCCCUCCCAAAUCCGAGGCGGUGAAGGAGGAGUGCCGCCUGCUUAAUGCCCCGCCUGUCCCUCCCCGGGGUGGCAGCGGCAGGGGCCGGCUCUCGGGCAGCCCCCCUGUGCCUCUGCACUUUCCCAAGCUGCAGCCUGUCCACUCAUCCGGCUCUAGCCUCUCCUACUACUCUUCUGGCCUUCAGGAUGGGGCAGGCUCCCACAGUGGUAGCGGCUCCCCAUCCCCGGACGCAUACUCUCUCUACUGCUACCCUUGCACCUGGGGGGACUGUAAGGUGGGCGAGUCCUCAAGCCGCCCGACCUCAGGACCCCUGCCCUCUACCACACAGCCCAGCCAAGCUUCCUGGGCCCACACUGAGCCCCUGAGCAGUCGAGCUGCCUCCGUCUUGGGGACUGACACCCCUGUCAAGACAUACCAUAGCUGCCCGCCUCUGUUCAAGCCCUCCCACCCCCAAAAACGCUUUGCUCCAUUUGGAGCUCUCAACCCCUUUUCUGGGCCUGCGUACCCCUCAGGCCCUUCAGCCACCUCCUCUUCUGGGCCCACGACCACCUCGGGUGCCCUGGCUACCUCGAGCCCUGCUUAUUCUCCAGGCCCAGCCUCUCCAGGCCAGGCCUACUCAGCUGCUCCCACUUCCUCCUGCCCCAUCUCCUCCUCCUCCUCCUCUGAGUGGCAGGAACCAGCCCUGGAGCCCUUUGAUCCCUUUGAGCUGGGGCAGGGCGGUUCUCCAGAGCCCGAGCUGCUGCGCUAUCAAGAGCCCAGAGCUGUAGGAGCACCUGGGCCUGGACCCUGCCUUUCACCCCUUGGUCCCCCCAAGGCCUUUGAGCCUGAAGGUCUGGUGCUGCGGCAGGUCCCCACCCCACUGUCACCAGCUGCCCUGCAGGGGCCUGAGGGAGGUGGGGCACGACUCUUUCUCACCCAGGGGCGCCUGGAAGGGCCUCCUGCCAGUCCCGGGGAUGGAGUUGCAGGCUGGGGAGGCCGGGAUGCCUCCUCCUGGCAGCCCCCCACGGACCUGUCUGCGCUCUCCCUGGAGGAGGUCUCUCGCAGCCUGCGUUUCAUUGGGCUCUCAGAGGACGUGGUGAGCUUCUUUGCCCGAGAACGCAUCGAUGGUAGCAUCUUUGUGCAGCUCAGCGAGGACAUCCUGGCAGACGACUUCCACCUCACCAAGCUGCAAGUCAAGAAGAUCAUGCAGUUCAUCAAAGGCUGGCGGCCCAAGAUCUGA